UUUUCAAUGAGAUAUUUUUCAAUAUUACAACAAUUCAAAAGGUAAUUUACAUUAAUAACCCCGCUGAUUACAUACACAAACCCUUAACUAAGGGCAAUAUAGUAAAACAACAUGCCCUCGUGACAUAUGAAGUAUAUUUCUGUCCGAUAGCCGGAAAAAUCCAUAACCCCCGCUCCCCCCCACCCCCACUGUUCUCCUCUCCUUUUUCUCUCACCAUUUUUUCCUUCCCAUUCUGCCCCUGCCUGCGAGAUCUCCUUCCCCUCCUCCUUUACGUAAAUUACUCAAAAUCCAGGGGCAGUUCUGGAAAAUUCAACUGAAUCUCGCCUCCGUGUAAACCCCAAUUUUUCCUUCAUUGCUGGCGAAGCUGCGGAGAUGCCGGGAUUGAAUUCCAGUUGUGUAAAUUUCGAUGGAUUUUUGUAUUGAAUUGUUCGUUUAAUAUUGUGAAAAUUCUUUUUGUUGCAAAUUAAUUAUGAGGUCAUCGUCGGUUUGGCCGGAGAAUUCCGCCUCCUCUGCCGCUGCUCCGUUGCCUUCAUCGUCGAAUUUCCCGCAGCUGGUGCCUCCGCCGGUGGAGCCGGCUCAUGAAUCGAAUUCGAGGCAAAGUAAUGUGUUUAAAUUGUUAGCUCAAAGAGAGUUAUCUCCGCAAACAAAGAGGACUCCCAAAAGAUUUUGGGGAAAGCCAUCCAGACGACAUGCCGAUUCCUCCGUAAUUAAACGUGAAUUAGCAAGAGAUGCGAAACAAGAACUUCGAUCGUGGGUGGAGGCAGAGUCAUUACUACAUUUGUCAGCCAAGUAUUGUCCUCUAUUGCCUCCACCGAGGUCAACCAUUGCGGCAGCGUUUAGUCCUGAUGGAAAGACACUUGCUUCUACCCAUGGAGACCAUACAGUAAAGAUUAUUGAUUGUCAAACUGGAACAUGCUUAAAGGUGCUGAGUGGUCAUCGGAGGACACCUUGGGUGGUCAGGUUCCACCCACUUCAUCCUGAAGUUCUAGCAAGUGGAAGUUUAGACCAUGAAGUUCGUUUGUGGGAUGCAAAAACCGCAGAAUGCAUAGGAUCUCGUGAUUUUUACCGUCCUAUAGCUUCAAUUGCCUUCCAUGCCCAAGGGGAGAUUCUGGCUGUGGCCUCUGGUCAUAAGCUCUAUAUAUGGCACUACAACAACACAGAGGAGGCUUCCUCACCAGCAAUUAUUCUGAGGACUCGCCGUUCCCUCCGUGCCGUGCAUUUCCACCCACACGGUGCACCAUUUCUUCUAACUGCAGAGGUCAAUGAACUUGACUCGUCAGACCCUACAAUGACACUUGCAACUUCCCCUGGGUACUUGCGCUACCCCCCUCCUACUAUAUAUCUGGCAGAUGCUCACUCCGCUUUUCAAUCAAAUUCAGGAAAUGAGUUGCCCAUCAUGUCUAUACCAUUUCUAAUCUGGCCUUCAAUUGGCAGAAGUGAUGCCGGUUUACUUUCCCAGCAGACUGAUGCAGACAUGAACACCGGUGUUUCACAACAGAGGGUGGGUUCUGCUGCAUCUGUACGACUCCUCACGUAUUCGACUCCAUCUGGUCAGUAUGAACUCGUAUUGUCUCCUAUCCAAUCUCCUGCUCGAGAAGAGCCACAGAAUAAUUCUUUAAUAAGGGAAGUAGACAAUGCUAUUUCUCAACCUGAUGUGGAUGCCAUGGAGACAGAUGUCCAAACUGAAGAAAGAAGCAAUCAAUUUUUCCCAUUUGGCGACCCAGCGUAUUGGGAGCUUCCGUUUUUGCAAGGGUGGUUGAUUGGUCAAAGCCAAGCUGGUCAACGUGCAAUGCACUCGCAAAAUGGAGGUCCAGAUGAAGAUUUGUCUACCUAUAGUGCAAUGGGGAACCCAUCACCGAUGGUUCCUCCAUCAAUUCCUAAUGUUGGUAAUCCAAGAAUUGCUGGAAGAUCUGGUUCACGACACCAAUCUUCACGCUCCCGCACAAGACCAGCCACCGGAUCCAGUGACAACCCUGCUCUUAACAGUAUUCCUCCCGAGCAGAGUAAUACUCAACCUUUCAUGAGCCAAGUCCAAACGGAGGUAGCUACCUCGCUAGCUGCAGCUGCGGCUGCUGAGCUACCUUGCACUGUGAAGCUUAGAAUAUGGUCUCACGAUGUGAAAAAUCCAUGUAUAGCACUUGACCCAGAACGUUGUCGCUUAACAAUUCCGCAUGCCGUACUCUGCAGUGAGAUGGGUGCCCAUUUUUCACCAUGCGGAAGGUUUUUAGCAGUCUGUGUAGCAUGUAUCCUGCCAAACAUGGACGCUGAUCCAGGGUUUCAAGGUCAAGCUCAGUAUGACGCUACAGGGGCCUCGACAUCUCCAACUAGACAUCCAAUUUCAGCCCACCAAGUUAUGUAUGAGCUAAGGAUAUAUUCCCUUGAGGAAGCUACAUUUGGUUCUGUUCUAGCAUCUCGGGCAAUCAGAGCUGCUCAUUGUUUAACUUCAAUACAGUUCUCUCCUACAUCUGAACAUCUGUUACUAGCGUAUGGACGACGCCAUAAUUCACUCCUUAAAAGUGUUGUGAUUGACGGAGAUACAACGGUACCAAUUUACACAAUUUUGGAGAUCUACAGAGUUUCGGAUAUGGAACUUGUGAGAGUUCUUCCCAGUGCAGAAGAUGAAGUCAAUGUAGCUUGUUUCCAUCCGUCAGUUGGUGGUGGCUUUGUAUAUGGAACCAAAGAAGGAAAGCUGAGGAUUCUACAGUGUGAUAUAUCUCAUAGCUUUAAUACUGAGGCAUCCUCUGGUCCCGAUGACAAUAUGUUUGAGGCUCAGACGUAUGCUUUGGAAGGCUGAUUAUUGUCGAGUGAAGUCAAAAUGUUGCGGACUUUGUAGCUUGAUUACAGGGUGGUAUCAAACAGGCAUCAUUGAACAAACGCACUUCUGUAGCAUAUAUAUCGAGUUGAGUUAUGUCUAUGUGGCAACCGGGAUGGGAGGAAAAGUGGGUCCGGCAUCUACAAAGUUGAGCAUUACGGAGUUUUACAUUCGACUUUCUUCAUUAAGCUGUGUACAUAUGUUUGCUGCUACCGUUUCCCAGUGCUAAAUUGCAAAUAGUUGGCCGUGCUGAUUGGAUUGUCGUGAAACUGAUAAGGAUAAAAUACUGCCUUCUGGCCCAUACUUUUUGUUUAGACCGCGAAUUUGAGAGAAAGAGAGGAGAGAGAGAGAGAGAGAAUAAUUGUGCGAAAAGCUUCAUUGUUGCGGUUUGAUUGGCUAUAGAUAGGGGGAACUAAUUUAUUUGGCAUUGUAUAUUAUUAGCAGACUCGGUUCCCCGUCGAAAUUACUUUUUCUUACCAGAAAAAAAAAAGUAAAAAAAAAAAGAAGCUUUAUGGUUUGAUGCGGUGUUUCGAUAAUUUGAUUGAGCAGCGAUUUCAUUACAUGUUUGAGAAUUAUUUAUCCCGAUUAAUAUCGAGAAACGAUAAUGCGUUUUUCUUCAAUUAUACUGUUAUGACUUAUGAACAAAGACUUGGGAUUCUGAAUCAACAAACUUUAUCC